GAGUCGGAAACAAAAACAAAUUAUCUAUUUGAAAGAUGUUUCUUUGUACUGAAUAUUUGUAAAUUAAACGAUAUUUUUCUAAUAAAAAAUGGAACAAGUGAGAUUAUUAGUGCAAGAACAGGGUAGAGAAGCUAGAAACCUAGUGGCUUUUAAUAUUUCUGCUGCUAAUGAAGAAUUUAGAAGUAAGGUUGCUAGAAAACCUCCAUGUUCUCCAAGAAACAAUGGUGAUUCUAUCCACACUUCGUCUCCUAAACCAAAUAAUAUUAGAUCUAGAACAGGAGCUAGAGUUAGAUCAGCGUCUACUGGAAGGGACAAAAGGUCUGAACUUAGAGCCAGGUAUUGGGCACUGCUUUUUGGAAAUUUACAAAGAUCUAUUGCAGAAAUAUACAACACUGUGGAAACCCAUGAAAGCUUAACAGAAUGCCAAGAAGUUCUGUUAGUACUUGAAAACUAUUUGAGAGAUUUCACUGCUCUAGCCGAUUGGUUUCGGCUAAAAUGGGACUACGAAAACACUCCUGCCUUACAAAGACCAACUUCAUUAGCUUGGGAUAUUUGCAAAACCAAUUUAACCAAAACCAGUAGAUCUGGAAAGUCAACACCAAGUAUAGGUUCUGGCAGGAAUAGUCCAAAUGUCUCUACUGGAAAAAUCAGCCCUAAAAUAUUACAGAAUAAGACAAAGACUUCCACAUCUUGUCCUACUAGUCCCCUGCCUACUAUCGAUCAACCAAUCAUUGAAGGUGAGCCUUUGGUAACCUCUCAGGCUGUUGAAAUUAAUAAGAAAGUUAAAGACAGCAUUAAAUCUCUUCAAGAAACAAAUACUGAAGGAAUUACAAUAACUGAAGUGACCACAAAUUGUAUUGAUCUGAAAACUGAAAUCAAAGAACCUUUUACUGGGGGAAAUCUUGACAGUGCUGGAAAUAUUCCAAUUCAAAGAGAAAAUGGUGCUGUAGAAGAAAAAACAAGCCAUGUCUUUGUUGAAACAAAGUAUGUAGGUACUGAAGACAUAGAUCUUGAAACAGUUGCAGCAGUUACUGUAGAGGAAAAAGCUAGUGGAUCAAAUGGGGAUGAUAUCAGUGGUACUAAGAUUUCUAAAAAGCCUGAACCUCUUAAGAAAAAAACAGAAACAGCAAAAGUCGAAUCUAAAGUUAAACUUCCUCAAAAACCAAGUGUAAAAUCUAUCUCUGUAAAAUCUGACAAAAUCCCAACCCAAAAAUUCAAGCCAGCAGAUAUAAGUCGUUCGAGUACUAAAAUUGUAAGCAAAAAACCAAUUUUAGAAAAACAAAAUAGUAGAGAAGAAGAAAAACCUAUAGAAGCGAAUCAAAUAGAAGAUACAUGUGUUGAAACAGAUGCUAAAAAGAGUAGUCUAGAACUCAAAUUUACUGAUCCUUUAGAAAAACCAAGUUUGAUAAUUAAAAACCUGGAUUCGCCUAGUGAAGAUCAAAGAACCUAUGACACGCUUCGUAAGGUUGGUGUGCAGAGUGCUGAAAAAAGUACAUGUACAGACGACGACUUCCCCAAGUUGCCUAUAAAGAGACCUAAUGUUGUUAAAGUCAGUAUAGACUGCCAAACUGACGACCAAUUAGAGAAGAAAGAUAAAGAACCUGAGAAAAAGGAUACUAAAGAACCCGACAAGAAGGACAGAGAUGCUAGAGAAGUAGAUAAGAAGUGUGUCAAGACUGCUAAAGUUGAGGUAAAAUCUGCAAAGCCUGUUACUACUGUAAGAGCCGCCUACUCUACAGCAUUGACUAAAAGCGCUUCAGCAAAGAUUGUACCACCUAGGGCUAAAGUUGAAGUUAAGCCUCAUGUGACAAAUGUUUCUAGGUCUUCUAUUCCUCCAAAACAACCAACAAAACCAUACUCAGCACGUCCUAUAACAAACCAAAGACCCUCGAAACCGGAACCCACCAUUCUAUCCCGCAGCAAGACCGUCGGAGACAUGAAAAAUCCUCAUUUCAUAAGUAAAAGUGCCAACAAACCUCCGCCUCGAACCCAACAACAGAAACCUUUCCAGCCCAAUCCAGCCAUGUUGUUGCAGAAGAGUAAAACGACUCUGAGCAAGGAUCAGUUAACCAAAUCACUGUCUUUGGAUGAAUACGCCAGCUCGGCUGAGACUCUGGUUAACCAAGAAAGAAGCUCCGCCAAUACGAAUAGCAGCAAUAGUAUUGCUAGUUCUUCAGAGACUUUGAAUAAUGAAAACGUCAAGAAAACUUCGACAGAUGGUUGGUUAACGGUUAAGGGAAGAUCAAGGUUUAAGAAUGGUGGUAAAUCGAGGAAUUCCUACACGGCUAUGUCAUGGGCAACUAGGUUCCAUCAGGUCAGUGCCACUGCAAGUUUACCUGCCCUAGCUCUUCUCCCAGAAUCAGACACCACGAAACCUCAAAAAUCCAUAGAAAAAAGCGUCAAAGAAAACUUGAACACUCUAAAAUCUCUCAAAAACAAUUCUGAGAAUAGCACCAGUAACAAUAGGAACGUUCUUAAGAGAUCUAACACAACUGUCAGUAAAGUCACAAUUACUCAAACAUCUGGUAAUCAAAAUAACAGCAUUCAAGAGAAGAACAAGACCAAUAUGCAGAUCAAGAGAACCGCUGAAAGGGAGCAUAAGAAAAUAGCUGACGUCGACUCCGAAACCGAUGAUGAAAUGAAGAUGAAGGAUAUGCAAGAUGAACUGGCUACCGAGGAAGAACAUAGGAAAAAGGCUAAACAAUUGUCCGAAGAAGAAGAUCGUCUGACCAAAGAAAUAGAACACCUACAAGGUCUUGAAAUCGAAGUGGACACAGAAACUGAUGGAACUGAAACUGAUGGGGAUGAAUUACAAGGAGAUAAUGACGAUGAUUCUAGUCAAGACGUCACUAUUAUUCCAGACGAUCAAAUGUCUUUAGAAGCAAGAUAUGAGCCCAUGCUAGCUGAAAUGUCGUGGACUGAAAGAAUUGAUACUUUAGCAGCAUUGGAAGCCUUGACGGCUCGGCACCCAGGCAGAGCCCACGAACUCCAUCAAAAACUAUCAAAUCCUUCGCGCAGACGAAGUUUAGCGGAAACAGUCAGAAGAUACCAAGCCAAGCAGGCCAAAGCUCAACAGAGACGACAGGAUCUGCAACAAGAAAAAGCUCAAAAACUACAGGCAUUAUUGGCCAGAGUUGAAGAUGUUAAAGCUGCUAAACUGCAACUGAUAGAAGAGAAGAGGAAGAGGAUGGAGAUGAGAUUGCAAAAAGCGGCUCAGAACAGGAAUCGGCAUAUAAAAGAUAUAAUAAAGAAAGCUCAUGAUGAAGAGGAGAAGCUGAAGGAGAUCGCAUUCAUCAACGAACUUGAAGCUCAAAAUAAAAGACACGAUUAUUUACAAUCUUGUCGGGAACAACGAGGCCGCAUACAAGGCAUUAAGGAGGACAGGCGCAAGAGACAAGAAGAAAAGGCAGCUAAAGAGGCCGCCGUAGAAGAACGAAGAAAAGCAUUAGAACGAGAAAGGCUGGAAAGGUUAGAUAGACUACAAGACGAACGGAGGCAAAGAGACGAAAGGAUCGGACAGCAACAACAGCAGAGAGAACGCGAAAGGCAAGAGUUGGCGAGGGAGAAGGCAAGAGAUAGAGAGGAACGGUUAUCUGCUCUUCAUGAAAAGCAACUGGCCUCCACGCAGGAGCUCCAGAAACGGAUCGAACAAAAACACGAAGAUACUAAAAGGCGCCACGAUGAAAAUAUGGAACAAAUCAGACAAAAAGCGCUGGAAUUGUCAAUUCAUCGAUGCCAGACUGAAGAUAAUCAAGCUCCGAACAUGGUGCCUUAUCCUACACAAAAAAUGUGCUCCGUUUGCAGUGUACUUAUCAAAUCUGAAGUCUACUUAAUGAGCCAUCUAAGGGGCAGAAUGCACCAAGAAGCCGUGAAACAAGCCAAUCUCCAACCCGGCGACGUCGAACAGUACAACGUGAAGCAAAUAAUCGAAGCUCCCGCCGAAAAGGAAGACCCCAAAAUAACGGCUGCUAAAGAACGGGGUAAGACGUACCGGAAGAGAUGUAAGAAGAUCAGGCAGCGAAUGGCCGUCAAAGGAGCAGAGUUCGAGACUAAGUACAAGCCGAACGUGACGGAUGGCACCAAUAAACGUAGCUUGAAUCGCAGCAUAAACACGAUCGGUUCCAUUACCAAUCAAGCCACUCAAGGGUUGUCUCCAGCUACGACGAGCCAGCUGGAUAGGAUACUCAACGAGCUGACGCGAUUGCUCAAUAAAGGAGCUAAAAACGAUUUGAUGAUGUUCCAGAGCGUAGGCGGUUUUGCUGUUUUGGGAAAACUGUUAGCUUUGGGACAGGAUGGAAAUGCUUCUAUAUCUGUCAAAACAUUGAUAAUUUGUUGCAAUUUAUGGCAAAUUGCUUGCAAAGGCGCCAAUGGAGCUGCAAAUUGUGAAUAUGUGAUCCUGUCCAAUCGAUUGGCUCCUGUGAUAGAUCUUCUAAACAUAAAAUUAUCGCAACUUGACGAUUGUGAGGAAAUUCUUCCUUCGGAUCCUCUCUGCACAGCAUUGAUGCAACUCUUAGCGACUGUACUGCAGAACACGCCCAAGGAAACCCCUCAAGUUAGAGUGCACGAUAUAGUCAGUUUUUCCGUCUGCGUCGGCGUAGUUGAACAGUUAGCAAGAUGCUGCUUAGCAGUGAGGGAACCGGUCCAUGAUAUUCCACCGGCAUGCUCUUUCCUGCUCGCUGCUUUGGAGUUUUUGGCAGCUUUGACAGAUCACGCACCUGAAGACUCUGACACGACACACUUGGUUAGUACUCUGCAUGCAACUGAACUACUGGGCUGUGUUUCGAUGUUGUAUGGGUCUCUUCUACCUCCAGAUUCGACGCCUAGAGUAGAAGGACAACAGCCACCAUCGAUACCUACACCAUGUCUUUCUUUGGCAUCCGUAACUUUCAAAUUACUUAGGAGAGUAGCAGAAUUAGACAUCAAGAAGUUCCAGGAAGUGCUGGGAGCAGAGGGAAUCUCCCUUCAAUUCCGUCACAUCGCCAGCCAUCUGAUAUGGUGCUGCGCCUCUCCGACUAUACCCAAAAAUCACGGAAAAGAAGAUCCGGUCACGGAAUUGGCGUACCAGGAUCUGCUACACCAAGUUAUCACAGUAACUGGGUAUUUCACCUUGGAAAAUAAUGAUAACCAAAUGCUGCUGGUCAGCGGUCAAUCACCAUCGGUGCUUCAGCAACUAUGUUCUUUGCCGUUCCCUUAUUUUUCAGUAGAAUCUCUGUCCAACAUCUUGUAUCCAACUUUGUUGGCUUGCUGCUCCGGGAACGAGCAUACCACCUCGAUACUUAAGCAGGAGUUGUCUUACAGUAUUCUAGAAGAAUUCAGAAAUUCAGACCGAGGUAAGCAACACCGCCUGGUAAAACUGUUAUCUAAAUGUGACAUCAAGUGAUUUAUUUACCGUAAAGGAUGUUAAUCUCAAAAAAUCAGAAAUUGUAAUUUUGUGCAAUUAUCAAUGUCAUGUUUUAUUUAUCUUAACUUCUUUUAAUUUCUCAACUUUUUUUGAAUAAACGAAUAUUAGACGC